AUGAGCGAGCCACAGGGAAUACGGAGACGCAUACGGUCAAAGAUUCUCGAACGCGAGGAAAUUGAAGAAGUGGAUGGUGAAGGACAGAUUACUCGUCGCAUCGAGCUCCUUCGCAAGGAACUUGCAGAGCCAGGCGUUGUUCUUCAAGGCUCUCCUGAGCAGAAAACGCGUGCUGGUGGGCAUUGGAGCAUUCUGUAUGUCUGCCUUGAACUCUCCAGGCUAUUCUCGGGCAUUGACGUACUGCUGCAAGUCGGCUUUAUUGCGUGUAUGCUCCUGCUCACGCAUCCGCCUCCAAAUCUCUCGUUAUUACUCGAGGAAUACGAUCUUCCCUCUCUCGGGGCUGCAGAGGUUGAAUGGAAGGAACUCUUUUCUGGUAACUCUCCCCUGGUCCCGUGGAACAUUGGACGUGCAAACUUUGAUGGAAGAGAGUUCUGUGUGGGCGAGGAGCUUUCGCAACGUGGACUAAAGGCAAAGUACCCUGUCAUAUUAAUACCCGGGAUCAUCUCCACCGCACUCGAAAACUGGUCAACUGCAGGUCAAUACAAGGCACAAUUCCGGAAGAGUAUGGUCAUGAGAGCUAUACAAGAUCCUGAAGGUUGGAUGGCGGCUCUGAUGCUCGACCCCGAGACCGGCCUUGAUCCUCCAGGAGUAAAAAUUCGAGCAGCACAAGGCAUAGACGCAGCCCAAAAGUUUAUCGAGGGCUAUUGGCUUUGGGAGAAGAUCAUCCAAAACCUGGCGGCGCUCAAUUACGAUACUAACAACCUGGAACUUGCGGCAUACGAUUGGCGUCUGUCUUAUCGUAACCUUGAAGUGAGGGAUGGGUAUUUUUCUCGACUAAAGCACUCGAUCGAGAGCUACAAGAGGAGGCAAGGGCAGAAGACAGUAAUUGUCGCACAUAGUAUGGGAGCCACGGUCAUGAUGGUGAGCAAGAACAUAGAUUGUGACCAUCUCAAAUGGGUAGAAGCAGAACAUGGGGGCAAGGGUGGACCAGAUUGGGUUGAAAAUCAUAUCGAAACUAUAGUUACUAUCGGUGGCACGUUCCUGGGAGUUCCGAAAGCCAUGGUCGCCUUUUUAUCUGGCGAGAUGAAGGACACCGUCUCGAUGAGUCCUGCUGCAACAUAUGUCCUUGAGCGAUACUUUAACAAGCGAGAAAGGGCCAAGCUCUUCCGUAGUUGGGCAGGAAGUGCUUCGAUGUGGAUCAAGGGUGGAGACGUCAUCUGGGGCAAUAGUACAUGCGCCCCAGACGAUCCAGAGUACACAAAUCACACCCAUGGUCACUUCCUAUCGUUCCGGCCCAAGGAGAACGAAGCCGUUCCGCACGUAAUGUCGGAACCUGGUGCCGGGAACCUUACAGUUGAUACAGCGAGUGAUUGGAUCCUGAGUCACACGCCUGCAAGUUACCAGAGAAUGAUAUCGUCAAACUAUUCAUUUGGCUUCGAACGUGACGAGAAAAAGCUCAAGGCUAAUGGCGAAGACCCUAAAAAGUGGACAAAUCCAUUGGAGGUUCAACUGCCUAAUGCACCGUCACUGAAAAUUGUUUGUGUAUACGGACACGGUUUACAGACCGAGCGCUCCUACUGGUACGCGCGAGGCGAAUACGUCAAUGACGACACAAAGGCAGACUCCGAAUCAGCACAGUGCCCCGACAAUGCUGAAUGCAUGAGUCCAAAGGCCGAAUUCCCUAUGGCACGUGUCAGCUACAUCGACACAUCAGUCACGGACGAAAAAGCGUGCCCCAAACUCAAAAAUGGCGUUAAGAUUGGCGAAGGGGAUGGCACGGUCAGCUUGCUCUCCCUUGGUGCCAUGUGCGUAGAGGGGUGGAGGAGGAAGAGAUGGAACCCUGGAGGCGUGAAGAUUGUCACUCACGAGGUUCAACACCAACCAGAGGCAUAUCAUCUUCGCGGAGGUGCCUCGUCUGGCGACCAUAUCGAUAUUCUCGGGGGAACACCUUUGAACAUGGUACUUGGCAAGGUUGCUACAGGCGCUGGAGAUGAAGUCGAGGAAAACAUCGUGUCGGAUAUUCGCACAUAUGCAUCGCGGAUAGACUGGGAUGGCGAUCUCAAGCCAGAUUUCGUCGACAAGCUCAACAAGCACUAA